AUGAGGGUGACUUUACUAAUUGCCAAAAGUAAGGUCAACCCAAUCAAAAAUAAAAAGACGCUGCCAAAAUUGGAGCUGUGUGGUGCACAUCUGUUGGCGAGAUUGUUGAAUAGGGCAGAGAAAAUCAUAGGAAGAGAGACGAACGUGUUUGCAUGGACUGAUUCAACAAUCACACUGGGGUGGAUCCAAAAUAAUCGUAGCAAGGACAAAUUCAUUAAGAAUAAGGUGCAGGAUAUAAAUGUGCUUGUACCAACAGCAACAUGGAGAUAUGUUGGCACAAAGGAAAAUCCAGCAGAUAUUGCAUCAAGAGGUAUUCAACCACAUCGGCUAAUGGACUAUAAGCUAUGGUGGAAUGGUCCUGAAUGGUUGCGGGAGCCUUCAAGUCAUUGGCCUGAACUACCACAGAGGACUGCAGUGAUAGCAUCGACGAUGGUAACAACAGAAGUAAAUUUUUUGGAUGAUAUAAUGACGAGAUACUCCAGGUUUUCUAAAAUGCGGCGUGUAGUGGCAUACGUCAUUCGAUUUAUUGAGAGGACAAGGAAUAAAAUCAAAAUUUCUGGUGGUUUAGCUGUCCAUGAACUUAUAGAAGCUGAAGAACAUAUACUAUCACGUCAUCAGCAAGUUAUGUUUUCUAAAGAAAUUAUAUCUUUAAAAAGAGGAUCUUUAAUUGAUCGAGGCAGCCGUAUAGUGGGACUACAUCCUUUCUUAGACAGAAGAGGCAUACUUCGAGUUGGUGGUCGACUGCAAAAUGCAAAUAUGUCCUUCAAUCAAAAACAUCCAAUUGUAUUGAAUAAAUCGAAUCUGACAGCCGCAAUAGUGCGAUCGUUUCAUCUGGCAACUUUACAUGGAGGAAACAGAUUGACCGAAACAUCCACAAAACGCAAAUAUUGGAUUAUUGGCUUGAAAGCAGCGAUAAAAAAGUGUAUACGAUCGUGUCCAAGAUGUAUACGGUACAAACAAGAGACAGCGAAGCAGAUAAUGGGUAACUUGCCAGAUUCGAGGGUUACAGCGAUGCAACCUUUCUUAUAUACAGGAGUGGACUACGCUGGACCUAUAUGGAUGAAGUGCUCCAGAAACAGAGGACAAAAGUGUUUUAAAGGAUACAUUGCUAUAUUUGUCUGCAUGUCAACAAAAGCAAUUCAUCUGGAAGCUGUGAGCGAUUUGUCCACAUCAGCAUUUUUGGCAGCCUUGAAACGGUUCUUUUCCAGAAGAGGAAAGAGUGCAGCGACAAUGGGACAAAUUUUGUUGGAGCGAAAAAUAGACUUGAUGCGGACUAUAAAGCUGUUAUUCAAAGAAAUCGAGACGUGA